AGUUGUGAUAGUGAGUUCACCCUGCACCCGGAAAACAACAUUUAAUUUGUCCUUGGUAGAGGUGGACUAGAGGUGGACUUAUACCAACUUGGUCAUCUUCUCAUCGAAGUCCACGAAGUGCAUUUUUACAUAAAACAACACUUUUCACUGAAAAAUGGACCCGCCAACUGUGUGAAAUUCCCUGCUACACGACGACCCUGAAGAUAUUCACUGAUUCAUGAGAAACAUGAUUCCACUCGUGAAGAAUUACAACAACCUCCUUGAAAACAUGAUUGAUUCCGAUACCGUCCUACCGCUCCCCUGUCCUUCUUCCCUUUCAUAAAAACGGGUCGCCAACGUUUAUCUUCUUGUAUACGCUGAUUAGCCAUGUCUCCAUCAAUGUGGUGAACAGGGUCGUCGAGCAGCCUUUCGUCAGUAAGAUGUAUACGAACGACUUGGUAGUAGACGGUGAGACCACUUCUAGCAAGGUAGACGGUGAGACCACUUCUAGCAAGGUAGACGCGACACGCAAGGUUGGGUCAUACUCUCGAAAAUUGAACGUCGGAGGAGGAGAUGGUAUUAUUAAGGCUCCCUCUGUACUAGGGGUUGCGACAGACGAAAAAGUAUAGACUGCGAAGGUGGAUUUUGGAAGAUUUAGAUAGAUGCAUAGGCCCUCGAAUCGCGUUUUUCAUCGAAUAGAAUCACUGGUGUGUAAGGAAGGAGUCACUUUCUAUGAGAAGACAUGAAGCAGGAAAACGUAGUUGCUAGUAUAGUGUUUUCAAAGUAUCGUCACGAAGCUCAUAAUACAUAGUAGAGCCGCUCAUAAAGCACAUAAAGAAGCUUAGCCGGAUAGCAUUCUGUCGUUUGAUCUACGACGCCCUCAUCGAUUAUAGUAGAGCAACUUCGAGUGCAAGGUUUGGCGCAACCAACUUUUUUUAGGCUCGGACUAAGGUUGUCCAUAAUCUGAAAUAGAGAUCCCAACUCGAGGAGAUGAGAACACCAGAUGAACUUGCGCUAUUUUAUACUUCGU